CAGACUACAGGGGCUUGCUGUGUGUACAUGAUGUGCCUGGAUCUCGGGAGUGAUUUCAAUCCUGAUAUAAUGGGUUCUCCCCUUGACCCAUAGUGUUCAAGGGAUAGCUUGACCCUGCUGCCACUGUCCACAAUCCUGAUACUAACCGGCUUUUCCAUUUGGACAACUGGACAUCUGGACCACUGGAUGGUACGACAAGGGAAAAUAAAUGAUAUGUCUACCGACAAGACUCUCUGUUUUUGGCCAAAGGAUUCAUUUGAAUAGACCUUUUGCAAUGGCAACAACAAUGGUCGGGAUGAUGUUGGGAGUUUAUGUUGCCUUCCAAGUGGUGGUUCAGACCCUUGAGGAGCAAGUAGGAAACACUGCGUAUUCCCUUGGGACAAGCUCCUCCAGUCAAACAGAGUUCAGCAUGGACUUUAACAGCACCAGGAAUGUAUAUGCUGUUAUAUUUGACGCUGGGAGCACAGGUUCCAGAAUGCAUGUAUAUCACUUCAGAAAAAAUCAGGAUUGGAAUGUAGAGUUGGUGCAUGAGACGUUUCAACAAGUGAAGCCAGGCCUAUCUAAUUACAGCGCUGAUCCCCAGAAGGGUGCUGAGAGCCUGCACAACAUGCUGACAUCUGCUAUAGGAGAGGUGCCUGUUAAACUCCACUCAGAAACUCCCAUCGUCCUCAAAGCCACAGCAGGUCUGAGACUGCUGCCUCAUGGAGCGGCGGAGAAUCUGUUAAAUGAGGUGUCCGUUCUGUUCAGGAAAACCAUGUUUCACCAAGUUGAGCGUGGUGUUGAAAUUCUGGGCGGCUCGGAGGAAGGUAUAUUCAGCUGGGUUACAGUUAAUUAUUUAGAAGGUGCAUUUUACAAAAGUGGGGAGACGGUUGCAGCUCUGGAUUUAGGGGGCGGUUCAACACAGAUCACCUUUGUGCCAAAAGAAAAGAGGACAAUCGAGAGUGCACCACACAGCUACCUAACAAGCACUAAUCUAUUCAGCAAAAACUAUACGUUAUAUACACACAGUUACCUUGGGCUGGGCUUGAUGUCAGCAAGAUUCAGGGUGCUGGGAGGGACAGAGAAUGAAGAUGAUGGAGCUUCGACAUCAUCAGAGACCCUACGCAGUGCCUGUCUGCCUCCGGACCGAGAGUUCAGCUGGGUGCAUCAUGGUGGCAAAAAGUUUAAUGUCAGGGGGCUACCGGAGAGUGAGUCCGGCUACUCCCAGUGUUAUGCUACAGUACAGCCACUGGUCACAUCGUCAGUUGCGACGGUGCCAGAGCUGUCCCAGCAGAAAGUUUAUGCCUUCUCCUAUUUCUUUGACAGAGCAGUGGAUUCUGAUCUUAUAGAUGAAGUCAACGGAGGCUCAGUUCUAGUUACAGAUUUCCAGGAAGCUGCUCAACGAGCCUGUGACAGUCCUGACAUAGAUGACCCCUUUCUGUGUAUGGACCUGACUUACAUAUAUUCCCUCCUGCACAAUGGCUAUGGCCUCAGUCUCAGGUCUAGCAUUCAUGUGUUAAAACAAAUAAAGAAAAUUGAAGUGAGUUGGACACUGGGUGCUGCAUUUCAAGUCUUGACCUCCAUCGGACAUCUGUGAUGAAUUCAUCCCCACGUCUUUCAUCUCGACAUACAUCAUGUCACAUUCACAAAGCAGUAAAGACCUUAAGGGAUUAGCAUACCGCAUUAUAUAUGAGCAGAGUACAGCUAACAUGCUCCCAUGUUUGUUUCUACAGGACCACUGUUAUAACAGUGACUUCCAUACCGAUAGGUCUGUGAGGCCAUUGCAAAGUCAAUUUUGUUGAUAAAAAUAUCCGUUAGUGGUUCCCUCAUUUUGAAAUUAUUGGUAAACCUUUACCUGUCUCAGAGAUAUAAGGAAUAUUAUUUUAUUUUCAUUGCCUUUCUGCCAUGUUCAUAAGACCUAUUUGUGGAAGACAAUGUCUGUAUAAAUUGUAGAUAUUGUAGAACAUUUAUAUAGCUGUUGUUGAUGGGGAAUCAAAACAUUUAUGGAUUUUGAAAGACACCAGAUCAUUCAUGUAGCUCUUGAUCACAAGGCACUUUUAUGAAACGGGUCAUUGCAUUAUGAACAAGAUGAUGUGCAUUGAGAAUUUGUCGCAUUUGUGCAUUUUAAACUGAUAUCUGGAUUUUAUUUAUGUAUUCUUAUAUUUGUAACCCUCCAAUGAAUCUUUUCUUGAUAUUAGCCUGAAUAUCUCCCUUGAAAAAACACAUACAGGCAUUAUAAGUUGUACCAGAAUUACAAGGGGUACAUGGGGUUUUAUGUUUCCCGCAUUUGCUUUUAUACCUCAAGCAAGAGGCAAGUGGUAUAAAGCCUAACGAGGGACCAAUAAAACCCCAUGUACCCACAUGUUUUAAUAUGACAAUGUAAAAGAAUUAAAACAAAUUAAAAAAUGAUGGAAAACAGCUGUUUGAUUGAGUAGAGGUUAGCUUGUGCUAUGUCACAUGACUUUUAUGUACUCGGAAAAAGUGUGCGGCUCUUUGCUUGGAAGUAGGGUAUAUGGGAUUUUUUCUGCCUCUCAGAACUCCACGUGCAGCCUGACUUGCUCCUGGCGGGGUAUAAGGGAUUUAUAGUCCAGCUGGGAAUUUAUUUCCCUCCAAGGCGGGAUACAUUGUAUUUAAUCAAGUACACAUGAACCAGAUCGCAACAUUCUGACAUGAGGCAUGAUAAUACUGUUUACAAACACUGUCUAUAAAUCAUAUAUCCAGGUCAUGUUUUUUAUUGCUAAAUUAUUUUUAGAAUUGCAGAUUAUUUGUACAUAUAUAUAUUGUUUUAGGGAGAGUGAGAAUCAUGUUGUUGUUAUUUUGCCCUACUGCACAGGCACUUGGUAUCCUUCAUUGAAGAAUGAACCGAUAUAUUUUACUACAAUGUUGUGAUGUUUUCAAGGUCAGUCUUCCUGCAUUUUAUUACGCAGUUGUGAGCAGGUUUGAUCCACUGAUAUGAGCAAACUGAUCAGACAACCUUAUUUUCACUUUCACGAUAAGGGUACAACAGUUUAUCUAUAUAUUCUCUAGUAUUUCCUCAAAUUUAUAAAUACUUGUUUAAGGAUGGGUCAAGCUGACUUUGCAGUUGUAUUAGAAAGGAACAAAAUAUGCGUUUGAUUGAAAAAACUAUUUAACAUAUUUUGUGUUUACAUUUUUGUGAAAUCAUCCUUGUUUUUAAUAACAUUUGGCCCCUGCGGACAUGAUUGAUGACAGUCUGCAGGUGUCAGACGUUUACCACUUUGGUGAAACCUACAAGCAUGGUAUGGUGCUGACAAACCUGGAAUCAUAAUCGUGACAAACCGGGAUUAUAACCUGCAAUGAUAGGUUUCUAGCGUAGCAAGGGAUGCAACUCUACACAGUGAAUUGUGGCGCCUUUAGACGACUGGGCCACCCGUGCCCCCAAGUAUCCAUAGAGUGAGUGAGUUGGGUUUAACGCCGC